AUGGACAGAGGACAUGAUGAGACAGCGAAUAUGGCUGAACUCUAUGAAGCCUCGCAGAAUGGGUGUGUGAGCACCUUGACCACAUUGAUCCAAAGGGAUCCACACAUCCUUGAUAGAGUUUCACUGACAUCCUUCAGUGAAACUCCCUUACAUAUAGCAUCUUUACUUGGUCACCUUGAAUUUAGUAGAGUUCUUAUCAACAAGAAACCUACACUUGCGAAAGAGAUGGACUCGCUGGGACGAACCCCUCUUCACUUGGCUGCUGCUGAAGGCAACACCGAAAUAGUACAAACAUUGUUGCAAGUAAAUAAAGAAGUUUGUUUAGCUCGUGAUCAAGAUGGGAGAAUUCCUCUCCACUUAGCCUCAAUGAGAGGACGAAAAGAGAUCAUAGAAGAGUUGAUUAAUGCUCGACGAGAGUCCAUCCUGAUAAAUCUCAAAGGAGACAGUGUAUUGCACUUCUGUGUUCGAUAUAAUCAUUUGAAUGCUUUGAAAUUGUUAGUGGAAUCGGCUAAUGGUGAUGAAUUAAUCCUCAACUAUAAAGACCACGAUGGCAACUCCAUGUUGCAUUUAGCAGUGAUGCGCAAGCAAAAGAAGGCCAUAAAAUACUUGCUUUCAGUACCAGAAAUAAAAAGAGAGGCCAAUGCUGUGAACAUGCUUGGUUACACGGCUUUAGAUAUUUUAGAGGCAUGUGACGUCUGUUCAAGAGAUUCAACAUGUUUUAAAAUCCAAAACAUUCUGAAGGAAGCUGGCAUUAGAAGAUCAAAGGAUCUAAUUUCUUUCCUACCACCAGCACCGAGUAGUGCUGGUGUUGAUGAAGCACAACCAAUGCAGCCCGAACAGCGAGCAAUGCAAGGAAAUUGGCGGAGAUGGUGGGGGUGCAUUCUUUCGUCAUUAGGUAAAUACAUGAAGCACCAAGGAAAUUGGAUAGAGGAAACACGGGGCACAUUGAUGAUAGUGGCCACUGUGAUUACAACCAUGACUUUCCAAGUUGGGAUUAGCCCACCAGGUGGCGUUUGGCAGCAAGAUAUGAAAAAGGAUGCUAUCCAUUGUACGGGAGAUUUAAAGUGCAAAGCCGGCCGAGUAGUUUUAGCCUAUUCCUAUCCAGAAGUAUACCGCUAUUUCUUAUCUGUCAAUAGCUUCUCUUUCUUUGCAUCUGUGUGCGUCCUACUUUUGAUCAUUAGUGGAUUUCCUCUUACGAGCAAGUUCAUUAUAUGGUUCUUCACAUUAUUCAUGGCUGGCUCAGUCGCUUCGAUGGUAGUGGUUGUGAUUGCUGUUGUGUAUCACAUAAUUGGCCCACUCUCUUGGGUGGUGAAGAAGCUGCGCAAUUUCAAAUGCAGAUAG